CACAGCCUCCUCCACCACCCGACCGACCCGAUAGUCUCACAAGUGGUCUCGAGGAUCACCAUCACUAGGGCGAAAUAAUUAUCGAAUUAUUCAUCGUCACCUGUCAAUCAUCAACUUCGCCCAUCCCUCCCUCCCUCCCUGCUUCCCUACCCCCCUCCUACAUAUUAACCUCAUCCGUCCCCCCGCUCAAUUUUUCCUUCUACCACUUCUUACUUGGUCGAGGGUUAUCUUCCAUUUCCUCACCCGUUGCUUGCUAGCUCGAGGUCGACUGUAUAUGGGAAUAUAGCCUGUUGUUCAAACCUCUCUUGAACCUGGGCAUUUCACAACGUCGCUUGUAGCGAACGUUGUCACUCGCGCAACACAACCACGACCGUCAUGUCCACUACACUACCCGUAAUACCAUCGCCUUCUCCCACACAGACUGGGAAUGGCGGUGGCAAUAACGGUCCUACAAGUUCUCCCUUGUUGUUUUUUGUUGCGUUGGGGUUUGGAGUUGUUUUCACGAAUUUAUGGAUUAUUGUCGGUGUCAAGUAUUGCUUUCGUUACAAUGCUCGACAGCGACGUCGGGCGAACGGUGAGGAGGAACCUGUCGAUCUCCAAACAAUGCCACGUCCACAUCGUCGGCGGAGGGAGAAGAAGCUUAUGACGAUGGAUGAGGUCAACGAAAGGUUCCCGACUACAAAGUACAAAUCAUGGAGGGCGCAUAGGGAACGUAUGGGCUUACCGACUGAAGGGGGAAUUAAAACUGCUCCAAACAGCAGGCCUGCGAGUUUAAUGGAUUUGGAAGCUGCAACUUCUGCCGAUGCCAAUAAUGGGUCUCCGGAUGCCCUUGCUAAGGAACUCACUCUUCCUCCUGCUGUUGAUAAGGAAACUUCGCCCGCUCCUGCCCCAACCCUUUUCACUGACAAAUUGGAAGCACCCGAGAUUGCGAGAAAACAUCUGUCUGAUAUCUCGGAGCCGGAGGUGAGAAAAUGUGAGGAUGAUGAAGACGAGGAGGAUGAGCAUGAUCAUGUUCAAACCGCAGUCCCUGACGAACUUCUUAAUUCUGUUGGGGAUUCCUGCGCAAUUUGUCUGGAUACUAUCGAGGACGACGAUGAUAUCCGUGGUUUAACGUGUGGACACGCUUUUCAUGCCGGAUGUCUCGAUCCAUGGCUUACCAGUAGGAAGGCUUGCUGUCCGCUGUGCAAGGCUGACUAUUAUGUGCCAAAGCCGAGACCUGAGGGGGAAAAUGUUCCGGAUGAUCAAUCUAGAUCUCAUCGACAUCGGCGCGGUACUAAUGGAACCCCGACUCCACCUGCCAAUGUUUACCUUGUGCCGCGACGUAUGCUCUUCUCGCCGCGCCGUAUAAUAUCACCUUAUUAUACUGGCAGUGCUUCAGGUCGUUCGAGGGGUGGUUCUUCAGUGGCUGCUCAGCGUGGGUCGGAGGAUGGGCAAUAUACUGGUGGUAGUCGUUGGAUGCGCAACCCACUGCGGGGUGUUUCUUUGUCGUUCGGUAGGAGGAAUAAUACCGCCGCUCCACCAACACCGUCUAACCUGGAGGCUGGCCUUCUCGAUAAUACACCCGCCGCCGCUGCUCCAUCAACCGGCGUGCCAACACCAAAUCCAAUAAGUGGAGCUGAAGCUCGUUAAGGGGGGUGGUAUCUUCACGAUCAAUUUCAUUAGCAACUUGGGCGUUUGGCUUUUUAAUGACAAGCACUUUUUCACUCUCUCACAUGUUUUACGACUCCCUUCAACCUUGUCAAAUGACCUCACCAACACCUCACCAACAACUACAAUGGCUCUUCUAAACGACUUGUCGUUGAGCAGCUGAAUUAUCACCAAGCCGCUUGGGCUCGAACCCGCUUUGUCCAACUUUUUCUUUUCUCCUGCUGGCGUCCUCUUUUUUCCUUUCCUUUUAGUUUGUUCAUAGGAGCUUGGGCCUUUUUUUUCCCUCUUUUUCUCCCUUCCCCCUUUUCCAUCAACAAACAAGCAAACAACCUGUGUCUCUCUUGUUGGCCUGUACAAAGUUUGAAAUGCAGCGGAUAUUUUCCGUGGGGACUUAAUUGUUCUCACGCCGAAUGACUCUUUUUGUCGGUUUGCAUCGAAACUUACGCUACCCGCAAUAACGUUGGAAUGGACUACUGGAUGGAUGGGCGAAUUGGCAGACAGAAUUAAUACUUUUUUUCCUGCCCAUUAUCAACAUGAAACGGAUUGAUAGGAAAGGGGAGGAGUGUGUAUCUUUUUUUGAUUUUUUUGAUUUUUUUGGUGUUUAUUGCUUCGUGAGGCGUGAAGUGGAAUCUAGCAUCUGUUGGUAGGGGGGAAAGGUUUAUUAGUCUUUAACUAUGUUUCCUUUCCUUGUUUA